CUGGUUGUCAUGAGAGCGGCGGCCGCGGCCCGGGCGCUGGGCGCCGCCGCUGCGAGUCGGGGCGGCGGAGGCGGCGCUGCCUGAGCCCGCCGAAGGCGCGGAGGUCGUGUGGACGCCGAGGUCCGGCGGCCCUCCAUCCUGACAGCCCCAGCGCACAGAAUGCCCCACAAGAUCGGAUUCGUCGUUGUCAGCUCAUCUGGGCACGAGAACGGCUACAGCGCCCGGGAACUCAUGAUCCACGCACCCACCGUCAGCGGGUGGAGGUCGCCAAGGUUCUGCCAGUUCCCGCAGGAGAUCGUGGUGCAGAUGGUGGAGCGAUGCCGCGUGCGGAAGCUGCAGCUGCUGGCGCACCAGUACAUGAUCCCCAGCAAGGUGGAGUUCUACAUCAGCCACUGCCUGCCCAAGUACCUGGGCCCCUUCCAGGCCGAGCGCUUCCGCAGGCUGGGCUACGUCUCCCUCUGCGACAACGAGAAGACGGGCUGCAGAGCCCGGGAGCUGAAGUCCGUCUAUGUGGACACGGAGGGGCAGUUUCUGAAACUGGUUCUUCACCAAAAUCACGCCAACAAGUACAACAUCUACAACCAGGUUGCCCUGGUCGCCAUGAACAUCAUCGGGGACCCCGUGGGCUGCACCGACGAGAGCAACAUGGCCUCCAGGGAGAGGAUGGCUGACCAGUCCCAGGGGCAGCGCACGGAGGACCCAGCGCUGGAAGGAAGCUCCUCUGGGAAGUCUGACUACAUCUCCCCACUAGACGACUUAGCUUUCGAUAUGUACCAAGACCCAGAGGUCGCGCAGAUCAUACGCAAGUUAGACGAGAGGAAGCGUGACGCGGUGCAGCAGGAGCGCUACGACUACGCCAAGAAGCUGAAGCAGGCCAUCGCCGACCUGCAGAAGGUCGGGGAGCGGCUGGGGCGCUACGAGGUGGAGAAGCGCUGUGCGGUGGAGAAGGAGGACUACGACCUGGCCAAGCACAAGAAGCGGCAGAUGGAGGAGUACCGCGCCCGCGUGUACUCACAGCUGGAGCUGCACAGCCUCGUGAACGCGGAGCUGGUGCCACGGCCGUUGGAUCUGCCGCCGCAGCCCCUCACCCAGUCCAGCAGUUCCUACCAGCUGCUGCCCCCUCAGGAAGACAGAGCGACAGACAACCUCCUGGAGCAGCCCUCGUCCAACUCCCUGGACGUGUCUUCCCAGCCCUGCUCCUCGGACCAGCAGCUGUCCUCCCCUCACUCUGCCGGCAAGGCCCGCCCCGAGGCCGUGCCCUAUGACGAGCGCCCCCUGCCCGCUGUCCACAAGCAGCCCGGGGCAGCUGAGGAGCCGGAGACGCGGGACCUGGACGCCAGCGAGGCCUCCCGAGCGGCUGCGGCCGGCGAGCCUGAGCCCCUCACGGAGAAGGCCCUGCGGGAAGCCAGCCCUGCCAUCGAGGUGCUGGGGGAAGGCCUGGUGGCGAAGGCCUAUUCCAAGGUGUGGUCCUUCCGGGAGGAAGCCCUGCUCACCCUGUACCAGCAGCUGGUGGACACGCCCACCGGGACCCCGAAGGAGGAGCUGAAGGGCCUGCUGCGCGCGGCCGUCUUCCUCACCCGGAGGUCCCUCCGGGACAUCGUGACCCCGGUCUUCCAGGCGUCGCUGAAGGUGCUGAAGAUGCUCAUCACGCAGUUCAUCCCCAAGCACAAGCUGAGCAAGCUGGAGACGACGUACUGCGUGGAGAGGACCGUGCCCGUGCUGCUCGUCCGCACCGGGGACUCUUCCGCUCGCCUGCGGGCCUCGGCUUCCAACUUCAUCCAGGAGAUGGCGCUGUGCAAGGAAGUGCGGUCCCUGCAGAUGGUGCCAUCCUACCUGGUGCAGCCCCUGAAGGCCAACGCGUCGGUGCACCUGGCCCUCAGCCAGGUGGCGCUGCUGGCCCGGCUGCUGCGAGACCUGGGCACCGACAGCACGGGCUUCACCGUGGACAACGUGAUGAAGUUUGCAGUGCGGGCCCUGGAGCACCGGGUGUACCAGGUGCGGGAGAUGGCGGUCUGCGUGAUCCUGGACCUGUACCAGCAGCACCGCGCCGACGUGCUCGGGUACCUGCCCCCCGACGACAGCACCUCACGCAAGAACAUCCUCCUAAAAACCAUCUUCGAGGGCUUUGCGAAAAUCGACGGCAGACCCACAGACUCUGAGGUCAAGGCACAGGGGAGAGCAGCCACGGAGGAGGCAGAGAGACAGAAGGAGGAGGAAAUCAAAGCUCUGCAGGGGCAGCUGGCCGCCCUGAAGGACAUGCAGGCCGAGGCCCAGAGCGGUGCCCUGUGCAGGACGAGGCUGCCGUGGUUGCGGGCGGGCAGCGCCGUGUCGACUGACAGUAGUUCCCACGGAAAGCGAGUGAAGUUGCUUUCUCUGUCAUCCCCAGGCCCUGACCGAAGGUGCUCGGCCCCAAGCAGCGCCCCCGAGAGUUCCGAGAGCCCGGGCCUGGACAACCUGUGCAUCUUCUGCGGGGAGCGGAGCUCGUCCUUCACGGAGGAGGGCCUGGACCUGCACUACUGGAAGCACUGCCUCAUGCUGACCCGCUGCGGCCACUGCAGACAGGUGGUGGAGAUCGCCAGCCUGACGGAGCACCUGCUGACGGAGUGCGACAAGAGGGACGGGUUCGGGAGGUGCUACCGCUGCAGCGAGGCUGUCCCCAAAGAGGAGCUGCCCAGGCACGUCAAGUCCAAGGACUGCCACCCUGCCAAACCAGAGAAGCUGGCCAACCGGUGCCCUCUGUGCCACGAGAACUUCGCCCCCGGAGAGGAGGCGUGGAAAGUGCACCUGAUGGGCCCCGUGGGCUGCGCGAUGAAUAUGCGCCGGAUGCGCCUGCUCUUCAAGGCUCCGGCUCUGCCACAGGGCAGAGGCCCAGACGUGGCCAAGCUGGGGAUCUCGGGACCGAAGGCUGGAAGCAAGAUCCCCACCCCAAAGGGGGGCCAGAGCAAGUGCCCCGGCAGGACCUACAGGAGGCAGUGACCGGGCCUGCGCCCCUGGAGCGAGCGGACCGAGCAGCUCCUGACCAUGCACACGUCUCCUAGCAGCGUCUGCGGCUGGCGCCCUGCUCCCCGCUGUCCUCACACGUGCGUGCGGCUGGCCAAGGUGGCGGCUCCUGUGUCCAGCGGGCAGGGCUGACUCUCGGGCAGGAGCUGCUGGCGUAGCCGCGCUGUCGGAAGAGACCCCGAACCGGCGCUGGAGAGGCUCCUGGGAGCAGUGCCGGGCCGGGCCAGGUGUCCCACGAGCACAGCACCGUCCUCCUUCGCAGGAGCCUGUGUGGUCUGUCAGCCACGGCUGUGGUCCCGAGGUACAGGACAGGAAAGCAGGGCAGCUCAAGCCCACCAUCCCCACCCUGUGCCUUCUCUCAUGCCUUCUCCCGUAGGCAGUGCUGCGGAGCCUGUGUUUUCCUCUCCGACAGAAUAAAGGUUAAUUGAGGGUAAUGGCGGUCACCAA